CAUUGUUAAAUUAAUAAUCCGAAAAAGAAAUCAUGUUAAGCAAGAGGACUUGUACAAAAUACAAAGAAUGGAAGAAGAAACAAAAACUUUCAAAGUAUCCGAAAAAGAAGAUUAAAACAGUGACAACAGAUUGUAUCGAGGAAGAAAAGAAAACAAAGACUAUUAUCAAAAUUCAAUAUCAUAAAUGUAAAAAAAACGGGGAAGCAAAAAAAAAGAAACGAAAAGCGUUAUUUAAACCAAAGCUUGUUUCUUCAGUCGAUUUGUUAUUUAAAAGAAUUAAACCCUCAUUAGAAGUUAGAAAUCAAUUUUUGGAUCCGCGACAUUUACUUUGCUUUGUCGAAACAUUGCCAAAAAUUGAUUUAAUCGCCUUGAAAGAAAUUGCGCAGCAAGAAAGAAUGAAAAUGAAACGAAAGAAAAAACGAAAGAAGAAAAUUUCUAAAAAGAAAAAAGCUGGCGAUCGUGAAGGAGAAACAAAGUUGGAAGGGAAAGCUGAUGAAGAGAACGAUGAAACCAAGGAGGAAAGAGCAAACGGAGAAAUUACGGAAAACGAUCAGAAAAAAGCGAAAAAAAAGAAAAUCAAGAAGAAAGAUAAAUUCUGGUGCAAAAAAUUUAAGAAGAAAAUCGUAUAUGAAUCUGAAUCCUCAGAUACCGAAUGCGAGAGUAUUUGUUCAUUCGACAGUGAAAUUUGUCUGAAAGGAUUAGCAUUAACUGCAGAAGAUAAAAAAAAGAUUGAAGAAAAUCGUCAACGUGUUCAAAGUUCUUCCAAUAAUUUAGAUUAGAAUUCGUUUAACGACAAAAAAAAAAGGAAAAAAAAAAAGAAAAAUAAAUAAAAAAAAGGGAAGAUCGAAAAUGCAACAAUAAAAAUAUCGAUCGAAAAAAAAA